CGACUUUGUGCGAUUUGGAAGAGUCAUUCCUACAUUUCUUCUUUCUCGAACAUGUCGCUCGCACAUGACUGAGAAGCUGAGUCUUCCCAGACAUCUCUCUCAGCCUUGCGGGAAUUGAUUGGUUCUCCCUGCAGGAAGACAUGAAAACCCCACGCAAGCUGCAGGCGGAGAGGACCGCGCCUGAUGCUGUUUGGACGCCGCGAAGGAGGUGAUAACGUUGUGUUACAGCUUCAGCCAGUGGCGUCCUGGGGACGACGGUGUGUGCUGUACGACCCCGCCUUGUCUCCUGCAAGUCUUGCCUGAUGUUCUCAGUCGUACGUAUAAGAGCCUUCUAGCUCUGGCUCUCCGCUCUACCUCAGUUUUCCCAACGACACCCUUAUGUUAAUCUUCGCAACAAUGGCGCCGACCUUCGAAAAGAUCAUUCAAUCUGGCCAGUUCACUUUCUUCGUCGGGCACGAGAAAAAGCCCAUCAUCGUUCAUUCAGUGGCACUUGCUUCGGUGUCCGACCCCAUAGGCAGCAUGAUGAACGGAGAGUGGGGCGAGGCUGAGACACGUUGUGCUGCGAUUGCGGAUGUUCGUGUUGACGAUUUCAUUCGCUUUUGCGAGUAUGCCUACCGAGGAGAUUACACAGUUCCCAAAUGCCAAAGCGAGGACGUUUCUGUGCUCAAUGGUGAGUCUAGCUCCCACCAAGCGCAGCAGUCCAAGCAAAAAGUCUAUUUCGGUUUCGAGUUCGCGCCAGAGCCCGCGCCAGAGCCCGAGCCCGAGCCCGAGCCCGCGCCAGAAGUUGCCCCGGUCGAACCUGUCCCAGAAGAACCUCCCCAGAAUGUAGCCAUUCCAGAGGAAGCUGCCGCAGACGUGGCACCAGACGAUCCUUGGAGCUUUGGUACUGUGACGGGGAAGAAGAAAAAGAAAGGGAAGAAGGAUGUCUUUUGGGAUUUCGCGCCCCCUCUCCCUUCUUCGAACAAAUCUGCCCUUCGGACCCAGCUACAUGGUCGCGAGUAUCUCAUAGACGGAGAUCCGAAAGCGAAGAUCCUCAAGCAAUUCCGCCCAAAGUGCAACACCACAGCGAAUCAGGACUUCAAGCCAGUAUUCCUCGCCCACGCACGUCUUUACUCGUUCGCAAACGAGAAGCUGGUUGCGCCCCUUAAAUCCCUAACGCUCCACAAGCUACACCGAACUCUUAUGGACUUCAAACUCUAUGCGAACAGGGUCAAUGAUAUUCUCGAGCUUGCUAGAUAUGCAUACAACAACAACCAUACGUCUGACCGGAAUCUAGACGGGACCAUCGACGACCUGCGGAAGCUAGUGGUGGAGUAUAUUGCGUGCGAAAUCGAUACGAUCGGAAAGACUGGCGAAUUCUUCGAGCUCAUGGAAGAUGGUGGUGAGUUUGUGGGAGAUUUUUGGGGUGUUGCGAGGAAGCAUUUGCUAUGAGCAACGGUCCGUAUUCAGGUGGAGUAACGGAGGGGAGCCACGAGAGUGCAUUUCAGUUGGGCCUAUAGAAAGGAGUUGAACGGUGACUUCGCUCGAUCGCCCCAAAGAACACGAAAACGCGACCUAUCUCGCCAAUUAAUGGUACAAAG